UAUGACGACUGCCCUCCAGGCAACAGCUAAAACUGAUGGUAAAUGCUGUGCUGUGGCAGAGGUGGUUUCACUGACGAACAUGAAAUGACUUAAAAUCAACUCUGAAGCUGAGCUCACAGACAAAUGCAUCGACUGCCUUCUAUUCUAAACUACCAGAGUGCAGCGUGACAACACCAGAAUCCUGAAAUACCAACCUCUGUGUCAUGGUGGAAAUCAUGUGGCACCUGACCGGCUACUGGACCUCUCUGACCAUCCUGCUAGUUUUAUGUCUGUUCCUAAGGCCACCUGGAUCACAUGCUUCAGUCAGUUACAAGCCCAACAUUGUACUGAUACUGGCCGAUGAUCUUGGUAUUGGAGAUGUAGGCUGCUAUGGAAAUGAUACUAUAAGGACCCCUAAUAUUGACCGUCUGGCAAGGGAAGGAGUGAAACUUACUCAGCACAUUGCUGCAGCUCCACUUUGCACCCCAAGCAGAGCUGCUUUCCUGACUGGCAGAUACCCCAUCAGAUCAGGUAUGGAUGCCACUAAUGACUAUCGUGUUAUUCAGUGGGCUGGGGCCUCAGGAGGGCUCCCUCCAAAUGAAACCACUUUUGCCAAGAUACUACAGCAGCAAGGUUAUACCACAGGACUAAUAGGGAAGUGGCAUCAAGGUGUGAACUGUGAAUCCCGCAACGAUUACUGUCAUCACCCUUUAAACCAUGGGUUUGAUUAUUUUUAUGGCAUGCCGUUUAGUCUAAUGAAUGACUGUCAAAUAACACAACCUCCAGAGAAGGACAGAGUCUUGAGAACCAAAUUCUGGCUUUACACUCAGACAAUUGGCCUUGCUGUACUCACACUUGCAAUAGCAAGACUUACUGGCUUGGUCUCAGUCACCUGGAAAAUAAUCACCUGCUUUGCUUGGUUUGGUUUUUUGUUCUUUGCAUCCUGGUUCUCGAGUUAUGGAUUCAUAAGAUAUUGGGACUGCAUUAUGAUGAGAAACCAUGAAAUUACUGAACAGCCAAUGGUGGUAGAGAGAACGACAUCCCUUAUACUGAGGGAGGCCAUUUCUUUUAUUGAAAGAAACAAGCAUGGGCCGUUCCUCCUCUUUGUUUCCUUUCUACAUGUCCACACACCCCUCAUCACCACGGAGUUGUUUCUUGGGAAGAGCAGGUAUGGCUUAUAUGGAGAUAAUGUAGAGGAGAUGGACUGGAUGGUGGGCAGGGUCCUGGAUGCUAUUGAUAAGAAAGGUUUGAAAAAUACCACACUCACGUACUUUGCCUCUGACCAUGGUGGGUUUUUGGAAGCACAAGAAGGAAAAGCCCAGUUAGGUGGUUGGAAUGGAAUAUACAAAGGUGGAAAAGCUAUGGGAGGCUGGGAAGGAGGGAUCCGUGUGCCAGGGAUAUUUAGAUGGCCGGGAGUGUUACCUGCAGACACAGUUAUCGAUGAACCUACAAGUCUUAUGGACAUUUACCCUACGGUGGCUUACCUGGCUGGAGGGAUAGUGCCCCAGGACAGGGUGAUCGAUGGCCAGAACCUGAUGCCUUUACUGCAGGGGUCCAUUCAGCACUCAGAGCAUGAGUUCCUGUUUCACUACUGUGGCAUGUAUUUACAUGCAGUACGGUGGCACCAAAAGGACAGUGGUGCACUGUGGAAGGCUCAUUAUGUGACUCCAAUAUUCCAGCCUGAGGGUGCUGGAGCAUGUUAUGGAAGAGGAAUUUGCCCAUGUUUUGGGGAAGGAGUAACCUAUCAUAACCCUCCUUUACUCUUUGAUCUGUCCAGAGACCUGUCUGAGACCAAACCUCUAUCAUCUGCCACUGAGCCCCUGUUUGACACAGUAAUAAGCAGAAUAGAAAGAGCUGUUCAGGAGCAUCGACAGACACUGACUCCAGUCCCACAACAGCUCUCAUUGUACAACAUUAUAUGGAAGCCCUGGCUGCAGCCGUGCUGUGGGACAUUCCCGUUUUGCUGGUGUGAUAAAGAAGGUGACAGUGCCCACCCUGCUCUGUAAAGAAAAUAUAUCGAAGGUUAACUGUAUGAAAAGCUUUAAAAUCAAGUGCCUUUUUUGAGCAAAUGGAUUCUCUUUUUGUUGAUUUAGGAUUACACAGUUGGCUAGCUGUAUGAAAUAGGGUUUAGUGAAGGCCAUUCCAUAAAUCAAGAUUCCAGUCUAGAUGAACCAAAUUAAUAUGUUCCAGUAUGGCAAGUCUUAGGAGUAUCUAUCCACUGCUGAAGACAUAGCUCAGAUACAUUGCAGUGUGCCAAAAUUAAAGGUGCUGUAGUAACCAUAACUUUGAAUCUCUUGAAAUUUGUGGAUAUAGGUUCACUAGCUCAGCAACAUUUUUAUACUGAAUUUCUAUGCAAGGAUGUACUACCAACAUUCUAGCAAAGGGCUGCCUACGAUGUUUCAGCCCAGUUGGUCAUAUAGAAGACAUGUCCUGUGUAAAAUACUUCCCUGCCCCCAAAAUAAUUUUCCUUGAUACCCCAUGGGAGAAGAAUCCCUUAGUCCUCCCCUAGCUCCUCAUAGAGGCUCCUCUAGGUGAUUCUUCUAUCUUGCAGCUAGUUCUUCUAGAAGCAGUGGUGAUGGCAGAUACAUCCUCUGGCUAUGCAGUAGCUGCUUGGUUGAGGGAUUAGCUCUCCCAUGGAGAUCAUUUGGGGAAUGGUUCGCCUUUGGUUUUUAAAGAGGACAGGCCUCUCCUGGCUGAGGGCAAUCUCCCCUAACUGGUCUGGGGCUGUCAGUCUGGUCCCUAAUGCAUUCCUUAGAGCAUGGUGGAGGACGCAAGAGGGAAGGAAGCUCCCUUUUCAGCAGCUUCCAGAGGAAUGGGUGGCAUACCUGGCAUGCCUGAGUGAGCAACAGUCAGCACCAGACCCAACCCUAGUGGAGGCUGAAAAUUGUAAUAUGCAUAGCCAGUCUUAGUACUGUGAUAGAGGGCUGUAAAAGUUAUUGUAGCCACCACACCACAGUGUGUCCUGCUGUCAAGUAACAAUAAAAAUAAUACGGACUGAGAUCCUCCCCUCUUACUGAAAAGCCCAUGGUAGGGCUCAGAGGGAGGGAAUCCCUAUGAGGGUCCCCUAACGUGAAUCGCCCCACAUCAUUUAGACCAGCUCUGACCCCCACUCCCAUCCCUGGCAGCACAUCUCCAUGGAAGCUAUACUAACAAAGCUAUCUCCUGGACA